CUGCCCGGAAGGGCGCCAACGUCCGGGCAGCCCUCCAGGGCCUUCCCAGCCUCCCACCCGCCCCCGCCGGGGACGCCCACCCCCUACCCGCGUCCGGUGCCCGCAGUGCGCGCUCCGGGAAGAGUCGCGCGGAGCGGUCCCUACGGCGGCCAGUUCGGGGUCCCAGACGGCCGGGGCCCCGGCUCUUCUGGUUUGCCCACGCCCGGGGCGCGAAACUCCGGAGUCCCAGAGCCCCGGCGCCCUCCCCGGAGGCGCAGGGACCUCCUCCCCCCGCCGCCGUCCUGCCUAGGCUGGGAAACCGGACCCUCCCUCCCGGCUCCGGUUUCCCGAAAACUCCUGACUUGCAGAUGCUAAGAAUGGCUUCCUAGACCUUGUCCCUCCCCCGCCUGCUUCAUGCCAGAGCUCUGGCCCGCAGCCCUUGCCCCCUUGAGACCCUUAGUCUCUUCCUCUUCCUCCUCCCGGGACCCAGGCGUCCAGGCGCUCGUCCUUUCUAGGGAACCCAAGAAUCUGGGGCCCCAGCUGCUUCUGCCCCCAGACUCAGGGGUCCAAGCACCCAGUCCCCUCCUCCCUGAGAUCCUGGAGUCCGAACCCCAGGCCCCUCCUCCCUCAGACCCAGGUGUCCGAGCCCCAGCCCCUCCUCCCUGGGGACCUGGCUCUCAGCCAUCUCCCUAGGUCCAGCUGUUAUUUCUCGCCCUUUAGAACAUGCGGGCGGAAUGUGGGGCGGCCCUAUGGUCCGAUGCCUCCCGGAGCCUUCUGGGAGUCUCAGGACUCAUUAAAAGGCUCCCCUCAGGGGCCCACCUGUCCUCCCUAGGGCCUAGCAGGACGCGGCUGCGGUCAGAGGAGCGGGAGGAGGUCCCCCGACAUGCCUGAGGCAAAACCAGCGGCCAAAAAAGCCCCCAAGGGCAAAGAUGCCCCCAAGGGGACUCCCCCUAAGGAGGCUCCUGCAGAGGCCCCCAAAGAAGCCCCACCCGAGGAUCAGUCCCCGACUGUAGAGGAGCCUACUGGCAUUUUCCUGAAGAAGCCGGACUCUGUAUCAGUGGAGACUGGGAAGGACACAGUGAUCGUGGCCAAGGUGAACGGGAAGGAGCUUCCGGACAAACCGACCAUCAAGUGGUUCAAGGGGAAGUGGCUGGAGCUGGGCAGCAAGAGUGGUGCCCGCUUCUCCUUCAAGGAGUCCCACGACUCCGCCAGCAACGUGUACACCGUGGAGCUGCACAUCGGGAAGGUGGUACUGGGGGAUCGUGGGGAUUACCGCCUCGAGGUCAAAGCCAAGGACACCUGCGACAGCUGUGGCUUCAACAUCGACGUGGAGGUACCCCGUCAGGAUGCCUCUGGGCAGAGUCUAGAAAGCUUCAAGCGUAUGGGUGAAGGGAAGUCGGAUACUGCAGGUGAGCUGGAUUUCAGCGGCCUGUUGAAGAAGAGGGAGGUGGUGGAGGAAGAGAAGAAGAAGAAAAAGAAAGAUGACGAUGACUUAGGCAUCCCCCCGGAGAUCUGGGAGCUCCUGAAAGGGGCAAAGAAGAGCGAGUACGAGAAAAUCGCCUUCCAGUAUGGCAUCACCGACCUCCGGGGCAUGCUGAAGCGGCUGAAAAAGGCCAAGGUCGAGGUCAAGAAGAGUGCAGCAUUCACAAAGAAGCUGGAUCCAGCCUACCAAGUGGACAGAGGCAACAAGAUCAAGUUGAUGGUAGAGAUCAGCGACCCAGACCUGCCCCUCAAGUGGUUCAAGAAUGGCCAGGAGAUCAAACCAAGCAGCAAGUACGUGUUUGAGAAUGUUGGUAAGAAGCGAAUCCUCACCAUCAACAAGUGCACGUUGGCGGAUGACGCUGCCUAUGAAGUAGCUGUGAAGGAUGAGAAGUGUUUCACUGAGCUCUUCGUCAAAGAACCUGCAGUCCUGAUUGUCACACCUCUCGAGGACCAGCAGGUGUUUGUGGGUGACCGGGUGGAAAUGGCAGUGGAGGUGUCAGAAGAGGGUGCCCAGGUGAUGUGGAUGAAAGAUGGUGUGGAACUGACUCGGGAGGAUUCCUUCAAGGCCCGGUACCGCUUCAAGAAGGACGGGAAGCGCCACAUCCUCAUCUACUCAGAUGUGACCCAGGAGGACGGGGGUCAUUAUCAGGUCAUAACCAAUGGCGGCCAGUGUGAGGCCGAGCUGAUUGUGGAAGAGAAACAGCUGGAGGUCCUGCAGGACAUCGCGGACCUGACAGUGAAGGCUGCAGAACAGGCUGUGUUCAAGUGUGAGGUGUCUGAUGAGAAAGUGACGGGCAAAUGGUAUAAGAAUGGGAUCGAGGUGCGGCCCAGCAAGAGGAUCACCAUUUCCCAUGUAGGCAGGUUCCACAAGCUGGUGAUCGAUGACGUCCGCCCAGAGGAUGAGGGAGAUUACACGUUCGUGCCUGACGGCUAUGCCCUGUCGCUCUCAGCCAAACUCAACUUCCUGGAAAUCAAGGUGGAGUACGUUCCCAAGCAAGAACCACCAAAGAUCCACUUGGAUUGCUCGGGGAAGACCUCAGAGAAUGCGAUUGUGGUUGUGGCUGGAAACAAGCUGAGGCUGGACGUGACCAUCACAGGGGAGCCCCCUCCCGUCCCCACCUGGCUGAAGGGAGAUGAGGUAUUCACGACCACCGAGGGCAGGAUCCGCAUCGAGAAGCGGGCUGACUGCAGCAGCUUUGUGAUUGAGAGCGCAGAGCGGGCAGACGAGGGCCGCUAUACCAUCAAGGUCACCAACCCCGUCGGCGAGGAUGUGGCUUCCAUCUUCCUGCGGGUUGUGGAUGUCCCAGACCCCCCGGAGGCCGUGCGCAUCACCUCGGUUGGAGAGGAUUGGGCCAUCCUUGUCUGGGAGCCACCUAAGUACGAUGGGGGGAAGCCGGUCACCGGGUACCUCCUGGAGCGGAAGAAGAAGGGCUCUCAGCGCUGGAUGAAGCUGAACUUUGAGGUCUUCACAGAGACCACCUAUGAGUCCACCAAGAUGAUCGAGGGCAUCCUCUAUGAGAUGCGUGUCUUUGCCGUCAAUGCCAUAGGGGUCUCCCAGCCCAGCAUGAACACCAAGCCUUUCAUGCCUAUUGCACCUACGAGUGAACCCCUGCACCUGAUAGUGGAGGAUGUGACAGACACCACCACCACACUCAAGUGGAGGCCUCCGAACAGGAUCGGGGCAGGUGGCAUCGAUGGGUACCUGGUGGAGUACUGCCUGGAAGGCUCGGAUGAAUGGGUCUCUGCCAACACGGAGCCCGUGGAGCGCUGUGGCUUUACCGUCAAGAACCUCCCGACCGGAGCCAGAAUCCUCUUCCGAGUCGUUGGGGUCAACAUCGCGGGGCGCAGCGAGCCGGCCACCCUGGCCCAGCCGGUCACCAUCAGGGAGAUUGCGGAGCCACCCAAGAUCCGGCUCCCCCGCCACCUCCGCCAGACCUACAUCCGCAAAGUGGGAGAGCAGCUCAACCUUGUCGUCCCCUUCCAGGGAAAGCCCCGGCCCCAGGUGGUGUGGACCAAGGGCGGGGCCCCGGUGGACACCUCCCGCGUGCACGUGCGGACCAGCGACUUCGACACCGUGUUCUUCGUGCGCCAGGCGGCCCGCUCCGACUCCGGGGAGUACGAGCUGAGCGUGCAGAUCGAGAACAUGAAGGACACCGCCACCAUCCACAUCCGCGUCGUGGAAAAGGCUGGGCCCCCCAUAAACGUGAUGGUGAAGGAGGUGUGGGGCACGAACGCGCUGGUGGAAUGGCAGGCCCCCAAAGAUGAUGGGAACAGUGAGAUCACGGGGUACUUCGUCCAGAAAGCAGACAAAAAGACCAUGGAAUGGUUCAACGUCUAUGAACGUAACCGGCACACUAGCUGUACUGUGUCCGACCUCAUCGUGGGCAAUGAAUACUAUUUCCGAGUUUACACUGAGAACAUCUGUGGGCUCAGUGACUCACCUGGUGUCUCCAAGAAUACGGCCCGCAUCCUCAAGACAGGAAUCACCUUAAAACCGUUCGAGUAUAAGGAGCAUGACUUCCGGAUGGCUCCCAAGUUCCUGACGCCUCUCAUAGACCGGGUGGUCGUGGCUGGGUACUCAGCGGCUCUCAACUGCGCUGUCAGAGGCCACCCAAAGCCGAAGGUGGUCUGGAUGAAGAACAAGAUGGAAAUCCGCGAAGAUCCCAAGUUCCUGAUGAACAAUUACCAGGGGGUCCUGACGCUGAACAUCCGCCGCCCCUCGCCCUUCGAUGCUGGGACUUACACCUGCCUGGCCGUCAACGAGCUGGGCGAGGCGCUGGCUGAGUGCAAGCUGGAGGUCCGAGUGCCGCAGUGAGACCUGUCCCCUACCUGCCAAGACAGUUGGUGGCGGAGUCCUGACCCUAAUCCCCAGCCUCCCGGGACUGUGUUCUUUCUGGAGUUUUUGCUGAGAACAAAACAGUGUUGUCUGGA